AGAAAUACAGAAACUCCUUAGAUCGAGUAUACCUACUUUCUCCAAUUUUAAUGGGAAAAUACACCAAAAGCAUAGACGGCGCUGGGGUAUCGUUCAGUCUCUAAUAUAGCUUCUAAUACGUGUUCCUCACUACUUUUCGUACAGUGUAUACGUACACAUCGUCAGUAGACGUUCUGUGUAAACGUCGCAGCGUGAUUAGCUAAGAAGCUCGCAUCGACGGCAGCAAGUUAUUUUUAAGAAAAAAAAUAUCUUGAAUUUUAAUAGUGUUUGUGUGUAAUUUUACAAAGAACAAUAGAUAUGGCUCCGAACCCUGAAUCCGCUAAAACUUUCCAUCUCGAAGAAAUCAACAUCAAUGAUUUCGAAAACAAGGCUGAUCUUCCUCAGCAACAUUUAGAAAAAUUGAUGAGCUUACGAGAAAACAUCGAUUGGGAGAUCGAAGAAAGCCGACGCGAAUUUCUCCAUCAAGUUUACCCUGUAAUCGGCAGUUGGAAGGGUCAAUUUCCUGAUCUCCAAUACAUUUUUGCGCCCGACGAAAUUGAGAUUCUCCUGCAGGAUUCGAUAAACCAGAGUGAAGGCGACGAUCAUCUCGAAGGAAAACGAUUUAUCAGGUUCGUGAUCCUCAGCGGUUACAAAGACGAACCAGAAGUUAAUGAAGAUGGCAAGCCACUGUUGUCUCGUACCACAGCAGUGCAUCGCGCGGCUAGGAUUAAUAAUUGGGAUUUCAAGGACAUCAUAUCUAAAUUGUUCAAAGUGUACGAUAAAUAUGACUUGAACUACACCGACGAGUUCGGCUGUACCCAUUUACACGUGGCUUGUGAGUUCAACUGUGUCGAUGUCGUCAAGAAAUUGAUCGACAUUGGAUACGAUGUUAAUUGCUUUGAGCACGUGAGAGGUAAUUCACCGCUACACUUAGCCUUGAUGUACGGACACAAAAAUUUAGUUGACUUGCUGCUGAGAAGCGGAGCCAACCCGAAUUCACCCAACAAGGAAGGAUCCACACCUCUGCACUUCAUUGCAUGGCGUAAAAUAGAUGACGAUUUGGCGAUGAAGUUUUUUGAGACAUGCGAUGACAUCGAGCAGUCAGUGCAGGUAGAUGCCAGGGACGAGUACGGUGACACACCGUUGCACUUGGCAAUAAUCGCCGGCAACAAAAACUUGACCAAGUUGCUGCUAGAAAGAGACGCCAACCCGAAUACAGCCAACGAAGAUGGACUGACCCCUCUGCACGUCAUUUGUCAGCGAGAUAACGACGGCGAUGAAUUAGCGCAGAUAUUCUUCCAGAUCAAUGAAAUGAAGAGUCAGUUCGUGCAUCUCAAUGCUCUGGAUAAAUUAGGCAACACACCACUGCACUUCGCUCUGUACUACGGAUUGAAGGGCACAGUCGAAUUGCUGUUGAGCAGAGAUGUCGAAGUGUCUAUGGUCAACGAUGACGGAUUGACUCUUCUGCAUAUCAUUUGCCAGAAAGAAAACGACGACGACUUGAUAAAGAAAUUGUUCAAAGUCAGCGACGACAAUCGGCAGAUGUUACAGAUCAACGCCCAAGACAGGUGGGGCAACUCACCGUUGCUCUUGGCAGUGCAGAAUGGAAAUCACGCUGCUGUGGAAUUUUUGCUGCGAAGAGGCGCCAGUCCGAAUCUGGCCAAUGCAGAGGGACUGACACCUAUGCACAUAAUAUGUGAGGCAGACUGUGAUCAUGAAUUAGCAGAGAUGAUAUUCGAAAUCAGCGACAUCAAAUAUCAUCCGAUCCACGUCGAUGCCCAGGACGAAACUGGUAACACACCAUUGCACGUGGCGGCAUAUUUCAGACAGCGGCUCGUGGCCGAUUUACUGCUAAGAAAAGGCGCCAAUCCGAACUUGGUUAACAAGGCAGGAUGUACACCUCUGCAUUUUAUUUGCAAUAACAAAGAUAUAGAUGUUGACUUACUAAAGACAUUCAUCGAGAUCAAAAAUGAGAUACAGCAGUCAGUGCAGUUAGAUAUUGGGGACAAGAUUGGCGACACACCAUUGCACUUGGCUGUGAAGCGCGAAAACUUGGAGGUAGUCGAAUUGUUGCUGAGAAACGGCGCUGACCCGGAUUUCGCCAACGAAGACGGAUUAACCCCUCUGCACAUUAUUUGCCGGAGAACACACGACGACAACUUGGCGGAGAUGUUCUUAAAAAUUAAUGAAAGUAUCUCGCAGACUACACUGGUCGACGCCCGAGACAGUGGGGGCAACUCACCAUUGCACUUGGCUCUGCGCAGGGAGAACCGGAUGGCCGCCGAGGUGCUGCUCAGGAGCGGCGCAGAUCCGAACUCGAUCAACAAGGACGGACUGACACCACUGCACGUCAUAAGCAUGAGACGCCGUGAUAAUGAUUUGCCCAAGAUGUUGUUCGAGUUGAGCAACGACGUCGAUCUGACGGUGCAGCUCGACAUCCAGGACAAGUCAGGCAACACUCCAUUGCACUUAGCUCUGGACCACGGCCUCGAGAAGGUGGCCGAACUGCUGCUGACAAACGGCGCCGAUGCAAAUUUACCCAACGCAGAAGGAUUUACCGCUCUCCAUAUAAUUUGUCAGAAAUUUUUUGACGAUGAUUUGGCCGAGCUAUUCUUCAAAAUCAGCAAAGAAAGAAAUCAACCGUUGCAAAUUGAUGCAAGGGACAAGUUGGGCCGGACACCGCUGCAUUUGGCUCUGCAGUACGGCUUAAUAUACACAGCUGAAUUGUUGCUGAGAAACGGCGCGAAUCCGAACUUGGCCGACUUGGAGGGAUCAACUUCUCUACACGUCAUUUGCCAGAGAGAAGAAGACGACAACGACGAUGAAUUAGCGAAUAUAUUUUUUGCCGUUAUCGACGAUAUUGCGCAGUCAGUGCAGGUCGACGCGAAGGACAAGUUGGGCCGGACACCUCUACAAUUGGCCGUGUCGAAUCUCAAACUGGAUGUGGUCAAGAUUUUGUUGGAUCGAGGGGCUGAUCUGUCUAGUUUCGUUUUUCCCACUGCGGAUCGAAUCGACAAGAGAUUACAACCAGAGCCGAAUCAAAGCUUGCAUAAUUUCAAGUUGGAAGUAGUGAUCGAUGUUCUAAGCAUUAUCAAAUUUCUCAUGUCCAGAGGAUACGAAUUGAAUCAAACCAACGCGAUAAGGAUCAUGACAUUCUUCACCGAGAGUAGAUUGUUCGAGAUGUUGGAUACAGAAGAAUCUUGGUAUGACCAAGUGGAGUUCGCGGGCAUAGCGAAAGAGAUGACGAUAAAAGAUGACGAUUCGGGCUUGUCGCUUUACCAUCUCAUCCAGUCACUACCCAAAGCGGCACCAAAAAAAAGUUUUAUCACGCAAUCGUACGACUAUGAUUUUGUGCCCGCAUCUGGUUUUAAUUCUCCGGAUUCACUCAGUUCUCGCAGUGACUCGACACCUCAUCAUUCCCCUGAUAGAAUCAAUGCUCGCAGCUCUUCCUCUGAGUCGUCGAGCAACAAUCGUCGGCGAGGAUUUUACUACAACUGAAGCCAAUCAACGAGGACCCAGUAAACGAAGAGUUGUAAUACCAUAUUUUUAGUAUCAUUUCAUGUCUCGUGUUAAUAAACAUUGUCUGUCAUUUGUAUCAUACAAAUAAAUAAAUUUAAGUAAAUCAUUUC